GGGCUAGCAUUUGACAAUGCAGUGUCGUCCUGAGGUGUUUCACAUGGGUCCAAUGACACAGCCCUGAACCAUCAGACAUAUACCAAGGACAGAAGAAGGCUUAACUCGGCGUUAGCAUUGAAGCGUUCUUUGUAGUUUGUACUGAUACUGAGCAUCGGACAGAAUGCAUUUGUCAUGCGCAAUGCACACUCUCUUUGUUUAUAUAACUGGGGCAAUUGAAAAUGUUCCACAGCUCUGUUUGCUGUUUCUUAUAUAACAUCAUAUCUUUGUUAGCACAUACCUGAGCCGUAUAAAGGAGGGUGUCGCCGCCGGAGCCGCACUGCGCCCUCUGCUCCCGCUCCAACAGGUUCACGUUCACCAUGCUGUCCACCCUGCUGACCGUCUGCGGCCUGGUGGCCUCCGGAAUGGCCGCCUGCCCUGACAUCCCCGCUUUAGACGUGUUCGAUGCUGCACAGUACAUCGGCCACUGGUACGAGAUCCAGAAGUACCCGUUGUUCGGUGAGAACAGCGACACAUGCGGCCAGGCCAACUACACCGCCGAGGCCGACGGCUCCAUCAGUCUGGUGAACCGCGGCAUCAAGCCGGACGGCUCUCUGGACUUCAUCACCGGCACGGCGGUGGCCAAGGACCCGGCGCACCCAGCCGAGCUGACCGUCCACUUCGACCAGGGCUCGGUCGGCGCCUACAACGUGAUCCGCACCGACUACACCGCUUCGGCGCUGGUCUACUCCUGCGUCAAUGUGCUCGGUAUCAAGUUCGAGUACGCCUGGUUCCUGUCGCGUGAGCCCACCAUGGAUCAGGCGGUGCAGGACGAGUAUAUCAAGAUCCUGAGCGAUGCCGGAUCGGACAUCAGUAGGCUAGAGGUGACGCUACAGAACUGUGGCAACCUCUUCUGACCUGGCUCUGAAGGGAAUAGUUAGUAGGGAGAAUUUACUGCUAAUGAUGUGAAGGGUAGGGCACUGGCAGACCCCAUUUGUUGAGAUGGCAAUAUCAUCUCGGUUUCCUGUCCAACAGGCGUGGACUGUGGAGUGCUUGAAUAACUAUCGUGCUGUCAGUGCAACUGACAUGAUCGUCUUUGUGAUGUGCAAAUUUGAUAAAUAUACACAAUAUUU